CCAUGGAGCUUCUUCAUCUUCUUCCACUUUCUUACGUAAUAACAUCCCAUGGUAACGCAUCUCUCCUAUCCUACAAUAAUUUCCCUAACAGUAGCAACCUGUUACUCCACAACCAUGGAGAUAUCCUCGCCAUGGCAACGUUUUUUAUUCUCCUCUCAAUAAAAAAAACUUCUGGAAUUUGACUCCUUCUUUUCUUCUCCACUACAUCUCUCCUGAAGUAGCAGCUCCUUGUGUUUUUAUUCAAAUUUUUUAAUAAUUUCCAUGACAACUUUAUAAAAAUAAAAAACCAUGACAACCAACGGAGAAAGCAAACCGGGGCCUAGUAACCCAACAAAUUAUCCCAUAGCAACGCAAAUGUUGGCGGAUAAAUACCUCUCAUACACAGAACAAAGACUUUAUAAUCCACAGCAACCGAAUUUUUUAACCUCGUUGCUUAGUAACCAACUUUUAUACCAUGGGAAUUUUACACCCACUUCGACGUUACAGCCAAUUAUGCGAAGUUCACGGCCGAAGAAGCAGUUCAUUUGUAAAUUUUGUCAGAGGCAGUUUACAAAGAGUUAUAAUUUGCUAAUUCACGAGAGGACGCAUACGGAUGAGAGGCCGUUCUCGUGCGAUAUUUGUGGGAAGGCCUUUAGGAGGCAGGACCAUUUAAGAGAUCAUCGCUACAUCCACAGCAAGGAAAAACCCUUUAAAUGCACGGAAUGCGGCAAGGGUUUCUGUCAAUCCCGAACCCUCGCGGUCCACAAAAUCCUCCACCUCGACGAGUCCCCCCACAAAUGCCCCGUCUGCGCACGCGCCUUCAACCAGCGCUCCAAUUUAAAAACCCACCUCCUGACCCACACCGACCUCAAACCUUAUGAAUGCACCACCUGCUCCAAAGUUUUUCGGAGAAAUUGCGAUUUACGAAGACACACCCUCACCCACUCUUUGUCCAUCGAAGAGGAUUUCCAUGACAACAAAGACGUUAAUAAAAAAACCAUGGAAACCAAGCCCAACAACGAGUCUGAUUCCGACUCUGACAUAGAAACCACCACCGGAGGCGUAGCAUCAGACUCCUCAGAAAUCGACGUGGACGUGGUUGGCCUUGGCAACAACGACCAGUUUCCACUGGGGGGGAAAUCCACCGGAGGGAAAUUGGGCUUCACCAUCGACGAGAUCAUGAGCAGGAAAUGAAUGUGUAAUUUUAUAAAAAUCCCUGUAAUUUAUUGUGCCAUAUGCUUUAAUUUAAUUUUUUUUGAUCUCUAAUUAAAUCGCCAUGGAAACAUUUUGUUAAUAAAAAUAUUUAUUUUAUAGCA